AUCACUGAUACCAGGUGUGGGACUCAGACCUAUAUACGGGCAGUGGUACUCGGCGCGUGAUCUCUGCACUAAUCUAUUCUGAGUGAGCCUUAUGGCCUGAUACACUUGUAAAUUUGUAAAUAUAGCGCGGUUUGUUCCACAAUGGGUAUAUCCUUUGCUUAUUACUAUUACUACUAUUAUCACUAUUCUUUUCUAUUUAUUAUUAUUUUUUAUAUUAUUUUUUAUCAUAUAAAUUUAUUCUCAUGAUUACCGGAUGAGGACCACUAAAUUGCUAAUGCUUGAAUUCUCCCAAGGAAAUAGCUAUAUAAUGACUAUAAUACCAAUAAUGUUCCUAGACCAAGCUUGCUGAGCACUUGAAUGAAAAUAUCAAUGGCCAUACCAGUCUGAAAAUGCCUGAUCUCGUCAGAUCUCAGAAGCCAUCCAGACUUGGGCCUGGCUAGUACUUGUAUGGGAGACCAACUAGGAACCUCAGGUGCCAUAAGUUUAAAGACCUCUUGACAAAAAGAAUGCUAGCCUUAUUAUUAUUAUUUUUAUUUUACGGACUAAGUCAUAUCUGGUCAUUCAGAGGUUCAUAUUGUCAAGUGACUCAGUGUACAGGAUAUAGCGGCAGGAUGUACCAUGCUAAUUUUGCAUCCUAGCAUGGGUCCUAUGAACACUAAAUAUAUUUAUUAUCAUAUAUCCUUGCCUGGGAUGGGGGAGUGGGAGUUAACAACAUCCCAGGACCCCUUAUCAUUCAAUUUUUCUCUUAUUAUUGGGGUGUCCUCUCAUAUUCUUUACUACAUCUUUAAUAGAUUCAGUAUUAGAAUAAUAUGUAAUCAGCACUGCCUUAUAUUUUCAGCUGAGUCUGUACAUCCUAUAUAGUACACAUUGGUACUUUGUAAUGAUACAUUAUCAAUAUGCAGCUUAUCAAUUUGAGCCUUAAUUUGGACAAUUUCGGUUUCUCCAUACACAGAGAAUACCUAGCUCCGCCCAUCUGUCACAGGGGAUCAACCCAUGUGAGGAUGAUGGACAGGAGAGGCUCGGAUGGGUGGUACUGCAGCACUAUGAUGAAUGAGCCACGCCCCGUUAGGAGAAUGCCGGAUACGUCACGUGACGCAUGACAUCACAGGUCACGUGACCGGCUGAGGGAUUUCCCCUUCAUACAGAUGAAUGAGCAUUAGCAAUCACAGAGGAAUAGCCAGGAUAUUAGAGGCAGCUGGGGAGGUAUACACCCCCACACUCCAUUGGCUACAAGGUAAUCAUGCUUCCUGGCAAUUGGGGUAUUUAAGAGGCUUCUCUUCAGUUAUCUGUUGGCCCCUGACGAAGGUGCAUCUCUCUGCACCGAAACGUACGUUGGGCGUUUUUUCUGCACUGGGCACUGGUGUUUGGAGCACCAUGAUCACCAUUUAAUUUAACUUCAUUUUAUAUCGUUUUCUUCUUUUCUUUCCUAUGCCUAUCUAGCUAGCUUUACAGGGAGAGAGGCUUUAUUAAUGCUAAUUAUCAGUCUGUUUUUGACUGAUUUUUUACUUCUAUUUUCAGUCCUUAUCUCUCUCUGUUUUUCUUAAUAUGUUUCUAGUGUGACCAGGAUACUUCCUAGGAUGCAUGGAUUAUAGAGACUUAGCUACUGUAUACUCCUAUCCCUAUAGCAGAUCACAAUAAAGCUUAAUUAUAAGGGGGAGUGAGGUUAUCUUUUUUACUACCUCUUGAUCUAUACUACCCUGGGCUGGCAUAGGAUUGUAGGUUCACUUGUAUAUACUUUGUUUAAUUAGGGUCUCUGACCAUAUUAUUUCUAAUAGCCAGGUUCUAUAUUUGGAACAUCGCGCUAUACAUAGAUAUAUUUUUUCCAGUCAAUGCAGUAAGUUUCAUUCAUAUAAUUGAGACGGUCUGCAUAUUUCUUUGUUCUUGUGUUUAUAUUUGGGGUUAAGCCCCUCUGAGACAGCUGGAGUCUCAUACUGGUACGUUUGUCUCUGCGUGACCCCUGCAGCCACUGCCCCCCUUUUGGGGAGGUUUUGAGGUGGUGGGUGCGGCGGCUAUACAGGGACUUGGAACGUUGUGUUCCUUGCUCUCUUUUUUGUAAAUAAUUUGGUUUUAAUACCAUAGUACCAGUUUGUGUAUCAUGGCCAGUUUUCUAUUCGAUAAGUCAAAAAGAGACGUCUGGUGUAAAGAUACGGAUAAAGUCUUUUCAGAACAGGAUCUUACAAGCCUUACAGAUAGUGAUAAUAUCAUCUCAUCGUUUAACCGUUUGACUAACUUAUUUCAGCAACAAAUUAAAACAGGGUGGGAAAUUGCAUCCCUGGACAAUUACCUUAAAAAAGAUCUAAUUCCGAGGGGAUUAAGGGUACAGAACAUACCAGCUUCCCAUAUUGAGGAGGAUGAAUUUACAAAAGAGUGGGAGGAAGCUGCAGGCACAUGUUCCAAGAGAUUUAUGGAAAUCCUUUGUAAAUUUGAAACUAAAAGACUGGAAAGGGUUAAUAAAGAAGUGGAUGAGCAGAUAGACAGAAUUGCAGCUUUUAAAGGGGAACCUAACUUUGAAGCACUAGAGACAAAACUUAAGAGCAAUUUGGAUAGAUUCCAACAAAAUAUUAAGAUUCGGAAACAUUCCAAAUUCAUCAGAGACAAUAAUGACUUUAAAAGUGGUAAUGUUUAUAGAAAGAAUAGGAAUCCAAGAAGGAGUUUCUCUGAACCAAUAUCAACGUCAGAAUAUGAGACGAGUGGUUCAGACUCAGAUUCCUCUAAAGCGAGUACGUCUGCCUCAUCAGAACGCAAUUCAAAAAGUAUAUUAAAAAGAGGGGUCUCUUUUUUAGGCCAACCCAAUAUGGAAGAAAGUACAGCCCCACGGACAAGGUACAGAGGCAGACCACCCCAACACUUCAGGGGAAGAAAAAGAUAUUAGAUAAGACAACUGUAAAUAACCAGAUCAUCAAUUUGUCCUCAUACACUCCGACUCAAGCAGAGUUGCAGGUUUUACAGCGGGGUAUGUCCUUUGUCCCAGUCUCGAUAAGUUUAGCUGGACAAAGGACAUACACCUGUUUGCUAGAAAACUGGCUCUGCAUAAAUUUCACUAUAUGAAAGAGGAAAAAAGGGCAAAAGAUCUUGGUUUACAAGUCUCAGAUAUGGGUGCACUUGACCUCCUUAUUGCGAAUGACGAAUCCGAAGUAAGAUAUCCCCCCUUUACACAUCUAAAAAAGAAAAGCAUGUUCACUCCACACUUAGUGGAUUUUAAAUAUAUAGACCUAUUUGUGGAGAUGACAUGCAAUGAAAUUGAAAAAAUCAACUUAAAAGACCUUCCAAUCCAACCUAAUAGCAACAUCUCUCCUCAAGAAAAUAUCUCUCUUAAAAAACUUAAAGAACUGGAUGAGGUUAUCUUUAAACCCUCCGAUAAAGGGGGCAAUACAGUCAUUCUAAACAAACCUGAUUAUGUCUCAAUGGUACAAAGACUAAUUGGGGAUAGCAAUACGUAUGAAGUUCUAAAGGGUGACCCCACUAAAAAAUACUUGGCAGAGUUGAAAAUAAUCCUUGAUACAGCUUUAUCUCAACUUCUAAUUUCCAGGGAUGAAUAUAAUUUUAUGUUUGUCAAGAAUCCCGUCACUGCCACCUUCUAUGCACUCCCAAAGGUACACAAACAACAACCGGUACUAAAUGGGAGACCCAUAGUCUCUGGUAGAGGUAAUCUGACUCAAAACAUCAGUCUUUAUGUGGAUCAGAUCCUGAGGAAACUAGUCACUCAACUUCCUUCAUAUCUUAAAGACACGAAACACACAUUAAGUAUCAUCGAAGGAACAAAAAUUAGUGGUCACGCUAUUUUAUGUAGCCUUGAUGUGGAGAGCCUGUACAGCUCGAUUCCACAUGAAGUUGGACUAGAACAUCUGAAAGCUAGCUUGGACAGUAAACCAGUAAUAUCACUAAGACACAAUAAAUUCGUCCAAGAUCUGAUGCAAUUUAUCUUAACACACAAUCACUUUACCUUUCAGGGAAAGUAUUAUCACCAGGUGAGAGGGACUGCGAUGGGGACGGCUUGUGCCCCAUCAUAUGCCAACCUCCACCUGGGGUGGUGGGAGUCUCAAAUGGUAUUCACGGAUCAUAUGGUAAAAUAUACAAAGCAUAUAAAAAUCUGGAAAAGAUACAUCGAUGACGUGUUUAUCAUUUGGACAGAUACCUCGGAACUGUUUUUGGACUUCGUCCACACUCUCAACUCCAACAAUAUUAAUCUCAAACUGACUAGUGAAAUUGGUGGCAAUAGAAUUAAUUUUCUGGACCUCACCAUCUCGCUGACAGAAGAAGGGUGCCUCAUCUCAACUCUGUUCCGUAAACCAACGGCAACUAAUAACAUGCUGAAUUGGUCUAGCCAUCAUCCCCCUUCCCUAAAGAAAGGGAUUCCAACUGGACAAUACUUGCGCCUUAGACGCAAUUGCUCUACAUUGGAUGAUUUUAAACUAAAGGCUAAGACCUUACAACUCCAAUUCAAACAAAAGGGGUACCCGAAUAGAUGCUUAAAGCACGCUUAUAAACGGGCCUUACUGUCAGAUCGGAAAGACCUUCUAAUCGAACAUAACCCAGAGCCAUCACAGGCAGUCAUAAGAUGUAUAGGGAAUUUUGAUGCCGGCUGGCAUCAAAUGAUGCAAAUCUUGGACAGAUUCUGGCCCCUUUUACAACAAGACCCACACUUACGGAAGGUAAUCACACAUAAGGCUUCAGUAACAGCAAGAAGGGGACGCAACAUCAAGGACAUGUUGGUCCCUAGCCAUCUCAAGACUACACCCCAGAAAACAUCAUGGCUGAAGUCCCCAGUCUUAGGGACCUAUCAAUGUGGGAAAUGUAAGGCAUGUAGGUUUAUACGUAGACCCUCCAAAACAUUCCCAGACUCCCUCGGCACACAGGAAUUCAAAGUAAAGAAUUUCUUUAACUGUCAGUCCAAAGGGCUUAUCUACUUACUUUCCUGUUCGUGCAAAAAACUGUAUGUGGGAAAAACCUUUAGGAUGUUUAAACUUAGGAUACGGGAACAUGUCAAUUCGGUAAACCCCACAAGACAAAUCGACACCCCUAUCUCUAAACAUUUGAAACUACAUCAUGGGGGCUCAUCUGAAGGAAUCAGAUUUAGUGGUAUUGAAAGGGUUACCUUGGGACCAAGAGGGGGGGAUUUAGACAAGAAGCUACUCCAAAGGGAGAGCUUCUGGAUCUAUAAGCUCAAAACCCU